AUGCUCCCGCCCCCGCGCGCACCGGCGCGCGGCUCGGCCCACUCCUCCUCCCCUUCCUCCCACAACGUCGGCGGCGCACACGGGCACGCUCACGCGCAACCCCACCACGCUCACGCCAGCACGUCGAGCCACUCGCUCGCGCCGCCAAAGGCCACCAACAAUGCGUCGUGGUCAGACCUGGACGACGACGAUGGGUGGCAAGACAUGCCCGUGGUGCGGUCCAACGACUUUACGUCCGAGCUGGACGCGGUCGACGACAAGAAGUUCCACUAUCGCGCACCUAUCCGGCUGGACAACGAGGACGAGCACGGCCCCACGGCCAACGCUACCGGUGUACACCUCGAGCUCGAGGCAGAUACGUUGAUAACGGACUCGUGGCGUGAAAAGGCCGGGAUUGACGAGAGCGAGUACACGCGCCUGCGACUGGAGGAGGACAACGAGAGUGAAGAGGUCCACAUGCGCACCCGCUUCCUCUUUGACGAGGACAAGGCCAUGACCCCGCUGAGCCAGAUGCAGGCCACCAAGCAGCUGCUCACCGAGGGCCAGCGUAUCGCCUACGUCGGGCUGUGCGCGCUCAUUGCGCGCCGCAUGCUCGCCGACAUGGGCCGCGGCUGGGAGGGCUACAAGGCCAAGCAGCACAUGCUCAAGGGUAAAGGCCGCGCGCACGACGUCCCCGUCGUCGAGAGCGGUAACAUCUGGAUGAUCAAGAUCAUGGCCCGCCUGUACCAGCACAUGGAGCUGGAGCGCGAUGAACAACGCAUGAUCGAGUCGCUGGCCGAACACGGUGUCGACCCCGCCGACCUCGUCCCGGCCCUCAUGACCACACAUACCGUCAAGAACCCCGAGUUUGACCCCGCGGCCAAGAAGGCCGCAGAGGCAGAGGCGUACGAGGCCGCCCAGCGCGCCGAGGUCGAGGCAGAGGUCAAGAUGGUCGAAGCGGCUGAGGCGAAGAAGAAGGCCGAGGCCGACGGCGAGGCGGCAGAGAACGACGAGGGCGAGCCCGCACCGACGUACGAGCCCGCACCGGCGUAUGAGGACGCCGUGGCUGCUGGCGCGUCCCCGCCACCACUGGCCGAGCCGACACCGCGUGCCGCGCCGCGCAAAAUGCCGUCCUUGUUCGACGACGAUGACGAGGAAGAGGUGGCCAACAAGGCUCCUCCUUCUCGUUCAGAGCCGCGCAAGAUGCCCUCGUUGUUCGACGAUGACGAGGGAGACGUUGUUGUGUCCAAAGAGGCGCCUGCUGCUCGUUCAGAACCCCGCAAGAUGCCAUCAUUGUUCGAUGAUGACGAGGACGGAGGCGAUAUUGGCGGCAGUGCGCCGUCACCUCGCAAGCCCGUUACGGCCGUUGAGGAGGAGGAUGACGGCGACAUUGGUGCGGCUCUCACCUCCCCCGAACCUGGACGCGGUGCCGAGGCCAAGCUGCCAGCCACUCCUGCGCCUGACGCCUCCUCCCCACCACUCCCAGCCGCUCCUCCGGCUCUCCCACCCAAGGACGACGACGGCGCCACCCCUCAGCAACCCGACGCUGAAGCCCUCCCUGACGCUGAAGCUGUCCCCGACGCCGACGCCGACGCCGAGGCUCACGUUGACGCACCCAUGCCCGCCCUCCCGGGCGUGUCGACAUCCAUCACUGCGGCCGACGAGGACGUCACCCUCGAUAUCCGUUGGACAGUUCUGUGUGACCUCUUCCUCGUGCUGGUCGCCGACUCGGUGUACGACGCGCGGUCUCGCGCCUUCCUCGAGCGCGUUGCCAAGGCCCUCGGCUUUGAGUGGCUCGAUGUCGUCCGCUUUGAGAACCGCGUCACGGACACGCUCGAGAUUCAGGAGAACGUGGGCCAGCUGCAACAGGUGGACGUUAUCGAGUCGCGACGCAAGGGUGCGCGCAACAAGCGAUAUGCAAUGAUGGGCGCCGCUGCCGUCGGCGGUGCGCUCGUCAUUGGUCUCUCGGCUGGUCUGCUCGCUCCAUUCAUUGGCGCCGGUAUCGGUGCCGCACUCGGUACCGUUGGUAUUGGAGGUACGACGGCGUUCCUUGGCGGUGCAGGUGGCGCGGCUAUCAUCACGACCACCGGUGUCGUGACCGGCGGUAACAUUGCGGGUCGUGGUAUGGCCAGGCGUACCCGUGAAGUGCGCACGUUCGAGCUCAAGCCACUACACAACAACAAGCGCCUGACAACCCUCAGAUUCAUGGCGUCCAAGGUCGACGAUGUGCGACUGCCAUUCUCCGUGUUGGACGCCAUUGUCGGUGACGUCCUUUCGGUCCUGUGGGAGCCCGAGAUGAUGAACGAGAUGGGAAACGCCAUCAAGAUUCUGUCGACAGAAGUCUUGACGCAGGUCGGGCAGACCAUUCUCCAGGCCACCGUCAUGACGGCACUCAUGAGUGCCCUCCAGUGGCCCCUGCUCCUCACAAAGCUCGGAUACCUCAUCGACAACCCUUGGUCCAACGCGCUCGACCGUGCCAAGGCAGCCGGUCUCGUGCUCGCCGACGUUCUCAUCCAGCGCCACGCGGGCGUGCGUCCCACGUCGCUCAUUGGCUUUUCGCUCGGUGCCCGUGUCAUCUUCUACGCGCUCUGCGAGCUUGCCCGCGUCAAGGCGUAUGGUAUCGUGCAAGACGUCUACCUCUUUGGCACCACUGUCACUGCCUCGCGGCAAACGUGGCUCGGCGUGCGCAGCGUCGUCGGUGGCCGCUUUGUCAACGCCUACGCCUCCAGCGACUGGAUGCUCGGCUACCUCUUCCGCGCGACCAGCGGUGGCCUCAACACGGUCGCUGGUCUGCGACCCGUCGAGGAUGUGCCCGGGUUGGAAAACGUCGACUGCACCGAGUUUAUUACGGGUCACAUGAGCUACCGAUCUGCCAUGCCCAUGUUGCUCGCGCACGUCGGCUUCCCCGUGACGCAGGAAUGGUUCGACGAGCCAGACGACCCCGAUGCCGACCCCGAGGAGCAGGAGCGAUACGUGGUCAACGAGGAAGAGGAGGAGGAGGCACGUAGGAGUGCCGAGAAGAAGAUUCUUGGCAUCUUCCCUCGUUCGCGGAAGAGUGGGUCGCGCAGUGGGUCUGGUGCGAGCACACCUGUACCUCGCGCGAGCACGAGCAAGAACGCCACCCCGAGCAAGAACGCCGGUGACGACGACGACGACGAGCUUCCGCCCCGCGAAGAAGCCGCGUCCCCCGUCGAGCUCGAGGCGGACAUUGGCGAGCGCGCAAGCACCGCCCUUUCCCCCGAGCAGGCUGCUGCUGUGGCCGCCGCCGCUGCGGCAGAGGAGGAACGGCUGGCUGCGAUUCCCAAGACGGCCGGAUUCGACUUUGCCGCCAUUUCGCAGGCGCUCGGCAAGGAGAUUGACGUCGACAAGCUCAAGGACCCGAGCCGCGACGCUCCUGCCGCCGCUGCGCACGUCGCCGCGCUGGAACGCACGGGAUCCGCACCGCCGCUCGCUCCCCGGUCGCCCUCGGCAUCGGCCGACCGCUCGCCCCCACUCCGCUCGCAGUCGGCCGCGGGCGGUCUGCCCGUCGACGACGCCGGCGAUAUCGCCGUCACGGCCAACAAGGCGCUCACGAUCGACAUGCCUGAAUGGGGCGACGGGCAGGUGCCUACGCCAGGCAGCACCGGCUCGGCCGGCGGCGGCGUGUGGGCCAACGUGCCCUCGUCGCCGCCCAAAAAGGCCUCGAGCUCGUUGUUCGGCUUUACAAACGCGUGGGCUACGCCAGCAUCGACCUCGCCCGCCCCGCCACCCAGCACUGGCUCGUUCAACUCUGACGGUCUGCGCGCUGCGCCCCCGGCCCGCCCGCACCCGGCCGAAUUCACAAACCCGUUUGCAUCGUCAGCGUUCAUGUCGCCCUUUGGCGCAGAGGACCCGCUCGGCGCGCCGCCGGCAGCGGCGGGCAGUCGCGAGAGGGAGAAGUGGGGCAAGGAGGUGGAUCGCGCGAUGGAGAAUCCGUGGUAG